CGGCGGUUCUUCUCGGGCUCAUAAAUGUUGUAGCCUAGCUUCAUUGUUGCUUGACGUAUUAUGUUCUAUCACAUCUCUAUCAAACGCUAUGCAAGACGAGACCGAAUUUGAUCUCUCUAGUCCUUUCAGUGUUAUAUUCCUGCAUAUGAGGAACUUUGAAGAGAUACCAACGGGAACUGGUCGUGGUGGCCGUCCUGGAGGCCAACAUCCAUGUCCCUACUGAAGACUGCUGAGGCCAAGAUCCUUGCCUGCUUGCGUAAUGAUGUUUGGGCCCGCUUUGUAACCCUCCCUGACCACAACCGAAUAUGGACCCUCACUGUCACCAACAAAACAGCCCGUCGGACCUCAGAGCAAGCCUCCAAAACUCCUCUGGUGAUGGUGCAUGGCUUCGGCGGUGGCGUGGGCCUGUGGAUCCGUAACUUGGACCCGUUGAGCCGCUCGCGGGCCGUCCACGCUUUCGAUCUGCUGGGCUUUGGCCGCAGCUCACGGCCAGCCUUCCCCACGGAUGCCGAGCUGGCCGAGGACCAGUCCGUCACCUCCAUCGAGCAGUGGAGGCAGGCGAUGGGCGUGGAACGCAUGAUCCUACUAGGGCACAGUCUCGGGGGGUACCUGGCUUCCUCGUACGCCAUACGCUACCCUGACAGAGUGGCCCACUUGAUCCUGGUGGACCCAUGGGGUUUCCCCGAGCGGCCGCAACCUGACGUCAAUGAAAACGCAGGGCAGGGUCUGGAUGUGAAGAGGACAGCCCCUCCUCGCUGGGUCAAGGCCAUCGCCUCGGUGCUCAGUCUCUUCAAUCCACUGGCGGUCAUUAGAGCCGCAGGACCUUGGGGACCAGGUUUGGUGUCGAGGUUCCGUCCUGACUUCAAGCGGAAAUUUGAGGAUCUUUUUGAUGACAAUACUAUGACUGAAUACCUCUACCACUGUAAUGCCCAGACCCCAAGUGGGGAGGUGGGCUUCAGGGCCAUGACUGAGACUAUGGCCUGGGCCAAGAGGCCCAUGCUGCAGCGCGUGCACCUGCUCCCGCCCUCGCUGCCUGUCACCAUGCUGUAUGGCGCACUCUCCUGGGUGGACAGCUCCUCUGGGGACCGUGUUGUCCAGAUCAGAGGGCAGAGCCCCACGCGUGUCAUGGUGAUACCCAAUGCCUCUCAUCAUGUCUAUGCUGACCAGUAUGAAGAUUUCAAUAGUGUAGUGCAGAGGCUCUGUGAUACUGUAGACUGAAUAAGAAGUGUGUGAGUGCUCCCAUGCAAGUCUGUUCAUGAGAGAGAGAGAGAGAGAGUGUGUGUGUGUUUGUUUGUUAAGUUGGGCCUUAAUGCCAGUUGCCAAACGUUUGAUUGGAUGCACUGUAGUUGAGUUGUAUGAAUGAAAUGUUGUACCCUGGCUGUGUGAUGUGGUUCCUGCUCUGACUGGCUAAUAAUUGUAUUUUGGGUGUGCUGGGUCCUUUUAACUGUCUAAUAGGAUAUUCCUCUGUUCUAUAGAUGCACAUAUCUCAUGUCUGAAGAUGUCUCUGUUUAACACUAAAAUAUUAACCACAGGACACAUGGUGCUUAUUUAUACAUUUAUAGAGAUUGACACUAAAGGAUGUAUGAGCUCUGUGCCAAUCAGUGCCAACCAUUAUGUGCAUGCCUCACGUGUUGUUACCUGAAUGUAAGUUGGAUAUUCUUGAAGACACUUUUCUUCAUAUUUAAUAUUUCCGUCAUAUUUAAUGUAUAAACAUCCAUGUAUUUUAUUCCACACAAUUGCAAUAAAAGUUUAUAUAUUUCA